AUGAAGUUGGUCACGAUCAAGGCACUGGUUGCCUUUACGUCGCUCGCCUUGAUGGCGGAUGCGGCGGCAGUUCGUCGCAGCAAGCUCGUUGUCAAAGAAUCGGUCAACGUGCCUGCUGAUUGGGUUCGCCGCUCCGAUGCUGCUGAUCACCAACCUGUUGCGCUCAGGUUUGCGCUCAGGCAGUCGGACGUCUCUUCGCUCGAAAAGAGGCUCCUCCAGACCUCGGACCCAGACCACGAACUGUAUGGUCGUCACCUCUCCGCCGAUGAAGUCUCCCAGUACCUCCAACCGCAGAAGCGCACCAUCGACGAGGUGGAGCUGUGGCUGCGCGAGUCGGGCAUCCACAUUGACGAGAGCCUCGCCGCUCGUUCUCCGUCCAAGGACACGUUCACCGUCCAUGUGCCCGCGUGGCAGGCGAGGGAGCUGCUCAACGCCGACCUGGGCGUGUACGAGCACAAGCGCAGCGGCGCCCUCGCAAUCAGGGCGGCAGAGUACAGCGUUCCCGAGCAUGUUUCGGAGCACCUCGACUACGUCGGUCCCCUCACUCUGUUCACCGCUCCUCGUGCUCACGGCAGCAACAUUGCCGGCGCCCAAAUCUUGACCGAGAAGCUCGACGAGGCCACGCUGUUCGCUUCCCAGAAGCUGAGCGAUGUCGCCGUCGACGGGACUCCCGCCGCUUGCAACUCGCGCGCCGUCACGUCGCUCUGCCUGCGUACGUUCUACAAGACGGUCGACUACGUUCCGCAAGCGGCCAACAAGUUCAAGAUCGGUAUCUCGGGUUUCUUGGAGCAGUACGCCAGCUUUAGCGACUUUACCGGCUUCCUGACGCAGCAACGCCCCGAGGCUGCUGCGGCGGGAUACAAUUUCACCGUGGAGAGCAUCGCCGGUGGUCAGAACACGCAGAGCGACCCGGGAGCCGAGGCCAACCUGGACGUUCAGACGGUGGGUGGUAUCUCGUAUCCGAUCCCGUUCACGUACUACACGACCAAAGGAUCGCCGCCCUUCCAGCCGGACGUGAACACCAAGACCAACACCAACGAGCCGUACGAGCUGCAGUACAACUACCUGCUGUCCUUGUCGGAUGACGAUCUGCCCAAGGUGCUGUCGACAUCGUACGGCGAUGACGAGCAGACGGUGCCGCGUGCGUAUGCGGAGCGCGUGUGCAACUACAUCAUGGCUUUGGGCGCGCGCGGUGUUUCGACGCUCUACUCUUCCGGCGACAAUGGUGUGGGUGCCAAGGGCACGUGUGUGUCCAACGGCGCGUUCAGUGCCAACGGUACGAGCACCUUCUUGCCUGCCUUCCCCGCGUCGUGCCCGUAUGCGACGACGGUGGGCGGCACGCAGAACUUUUCGCCCGAGAUCGCGGUCAACGGCGACCUGCCCGGCUUCUACUCGGGCGGUGGAUUCAGCUACCUCUUCCCGCAGCCUGAGUAUCAGAAGGCCGUGGUGAGCAAGUACGUCGACUCGCUCGGCGACAAGUACAAGGGCCUCUACAACACGUCGGGCCGUGCGUACCCGGAUAUCUCGGCGCAGGCCUCGCGCUACGUGAUCGACAUCAACGGCCAAGACCAGCUCAUCUAUGGAACGUCCGCCUCGUGCCCCGCCGUCUCGUCCAUCAUUGGUCUGCUCAACGACUACAGGAUCUCCAAGGGCCAGUCGUCGCUCGGAUUCUUGAACCCCUUGAUCUACUCCAAGUGGCUCGGAACCCCCGCGCUCAACGACAUCACCCAGGGUAGCAGCGUCGGCUGCAACACCUCGGGCUUCCCUGCCGAGGUCGGUUGGGACGCCGUCACGGGUGCCGGUACUCCUAACUUUUUGGAGCUCCAGAAGAGGUUGCCUUCCUCGUAA